AUGGCCGCAACCACCGAACCGACUACGAAGACACCAGGGGGUGUCCCGCGAGCCACGCCUGGGCGCGGCUCGCCAGCGUGUGCGCCUACCGCACCCACAGUCGUCAACGAUGGACCCGCUCGCGAGAGCGGGAAGCGAGACGAUAAGAUCCUCGCCGCGCUCGCCGCACUCACCGAUCGACUGGCGAGCCUCGAGUCGUCGCAGAGAGUGCGAGACGAGGAGGAGCGCAUGCUCGGGGCCGUGGAGAGCGGACUGUUCGCCUCGAAACUCGGCGCCAACAUGCGUGGCCGACCGAUGACGAUAGACGCGAUUGGAGAAGCGGAGGAGAAGGCACCGGUGUCACGUGGAUACCAGCGCGCGACUGAUCUUGGCGCGUCGCGAUUCGCAUCGCUCAGGCCACCUCGCGCGCGAGCAGCACCGCAGCUGCAGCAGCGCGCACCAGCGUCUGCGCCACCUCCGCAGGAGCAUGCAGCGCUACCUCCGCCGCAACAAUUCGCUCCGCCACAAGCCUAUCUGUACCGCGGACUCGGGAGCGGAUUCUUUGACUGGGGGCGUACGUUUCUGCGCGCGGUGAGCCUCGCGGAAGCGUCGUGUGGUUUCGGAUGGACCGAAGACGUCAAGGUCGACCUGCUUGGGCACUUUCUCGCCAGCACGGCUGAGAGGUACUAUCACAAGCAGGUCGAUACCUGGUGGACGCAAUCACCCACACUGGAGUACAUCAUGGAGCAGCUCCUGCGCACGUUCAAGACGUCAAUCACUGCAAGCCAGGCGAUGAAGUUAAUCAUGGAGAAGAAGGACGCACGACGCACCUGGGCCGAGCACUUCCUGUACAUGGUCGCCGUCAGCGAGGCACGCGGUGGCUCCGACUCGCUUGUUCUUGAUAACAUCGUCCACCACGCUUCGCCGGAGCUGGUGAACGUGAUGCGCUCCAAGUAUGAGCCCACUCGACUCGACUACCUGCGCCAUGCUGAGGAGCUGGCGCACUUCGCGCAGUCCAUUGAGCACGGCAGCAGCGCGGUGGGUCGUGAGGACGUCGCCGCGCACGUGGAAGGCAAACCCAAGGGCGCGAUCACGUGCUACCGAUGGGGGCGACCAGGCCACAUCGCAGCCAACUGUCGCGCGCGAGUCGUGCACGAAGACGAGACACCCGCGGAGGGCGGAGGCGCCAGCAUGAUCCUUGCACUGACCGAGAAGCGCAGAGCGACCACGAAGAAGCGCAACAGGAGGAAGAAGGGCUCGCGCGGCAAGGACGCCGCAGCGACCAAUGUAAGAGAUGGGGCGCGAACCACAGACGACUCAUGCGGCUUCGUGCUUACGACGAGCGACGGAGUAAGAGCCACGGACGGCACGAGCGGCCUCGUACUUGCGGCGACCGAUGCCACGGGCGUCGACCGAGGAGACUGGAUCCUCGAUAGCGGCGCGAGCCGGCAUCUUGUCAACGACGAGUCGCUGCUGCUCAAGUCGACGGCUUGCAGCCACGAGAUUGCAAUGGCAGACGGCGAGUCGCUUCACCUGACGCGUGUCGGCAGCGUGCGCCUCGAGGUUCUUGCGCGCGGCGCUGAAGCGGUAGUGACGCUCACGGAUGUGUACUUGGCGCCGCGACUGGCAAAGAACAUUGUGUCGUACGGCAAGCUCGCCAACAAAGGAUUUGCCCUAGUGCACUCCGGCGAAAGGCGCUCGCUCGCUCGGUGCAGAGAUGGCCACGCGCGACAAGGAAGGUGCAACGGAGACGCGAUCAUGGCGGCGCUCGAAGCGCAUGCAACGGAAACCAACGCCGAUGAGCCGCACGAAGCCUCGCUGUUGCACUGGCACCAGAGACUCGGCCACGUUGCGUUCGACACGAUCGAACGCAUGGCGCGCGAUCCGGCAUCGGGCAUUCGACUCAGCAACAACAAGCGUAUGGCGUGCGUGUCGUGCCUCGAAGGCAAGCAGAAGCGCAACGCGCAGUCCCAACAAGACAGAGGCAAGAACUCGCCCAUCGAUCGCAUCGGUGGCGUCAUCUGUUCGGACCUGAAGGGUCCAAUGACGCCGCGGGACCGACUCGGCAAUCGUUACCUUGUGAGCUUCGUUGAUCACAAGAGCAACAACUUCCGAGUCUUCCUCGCGCGCACGAAGGACGCUGCGGCGAGGCAGUUCGAGGCGUUCCUCGUCCACUUCGAGAAGCUUUUCGGGUUCAAGGUCCACGUGCUCCGCACGGACGGCGGCAGAGAAUACGCCAACGUGGACCUGUUCUGCGAGCGCACGGGCGUCGCGCGCCAAGUGUCGGAGGCGCGAAAUCAGGCCUCAAACGGCAAGGCGGAAAGAAUGCACCGGACAGUGAUGAACCUUGCGCGCAUGCAUGAUGUUUGCCUGCGCGCUGCCCCUGAUGUGCUGACGGGCAAGACGCCGGAUCUGCGUGGAAUUGUUGUUUUUGGCUCCCAGUGCAGCGUGUAUAGAGACCCACGCAAGAACUUGCUGCUGCAGCGCUCGGGGCGCGCCAUCAUUGUCGGCGUCAGCGAGGAAACCAAGGGCUACAAGGUGCUGCUGCCGCGUGACAAUAAAGCGGUCGUCACGCAGCACAUCAAGAAUAUCGAGACACUGACGGAGGCGCAAAACGCGCAACUCCAGCGCGCGAUGGACGUCGGCGAUCGAGCCGGAGGCCAGGAGGAGACGGACGCGCCAGCAGCAGCAGUGGCGAACGAUGGUCGCGCAGAGGGCAACAUGGAGACGCGUAAAAGCAGAAAGAGAUGGACGCGAAAGGCCCAUGGAACACGCGGGGCGUUGAAACGCGCAGAAGCGGCUGCUCGUCAGGAGGAGACAGCCGCGAGCGGAGAAGUCGUAAAUGCUGCUUUCGAGCAUGAUCCGCUUAACUACGGACAGGCGAUGCGCAGCGGCAAGCGCGAAGGGUGGAAGAAGGCGAUGCAAGAGGAGAUCGCCGCGCUCGAGGCCAACGACGUAUGGACUAUCACAAGGCGAACGGCAGGACAGCAUGCGCUGCACACAAAAUGGGUCUAUAAGACCAAGACAGAUGCACAGGGCGACCUCGAGCGGCUGAAAGCGCGACUGACGGUCAAAUUGAUCCUGGCUCUUGCUGCUACGUGGGGAAUGCCUGCCAAGCACGGUGACAUCCCCAACGCCUACGUUAAAGCGGACAAGGAGCCGCACCUGCGCAUCUAUCUACAGAUGCCGCGCGGCAUGCCAGUCUCGAAGGAGACGCUACGAGCGCAAGGCGUUUCGAACACGAGCGAGCUGGUGCUGGAGCUGCGGAAGAGCCUCUACGGGCUCAAGCAGGCAGGCCGGCUGUAG